ACUUGGCUUGUACCAGUACCAGUACAGUACACGAGUAUUGUGACUCUAACGCUCCCUCGACGUUCUCUGCUCGUCUACCUGAAACCAUUUGUUGAGACACCAAGUGCCCAGCAACGGUGCCACAAGGCACCGAAACCGAUCUCGAGGCGGAAUCAUUGGUGGCAUCAGCAAACCCAUCCCACCUGCGGAGGCGGCAUUGUCGGGCCAAUUUUGUCGCCCGUGACUUCAGCGCUCCAUAUUAUUGCGCAGUGUCUGCUUCGACUGCCCCGCCAUCCGAUUGCAGUCUUUGCGCGGCAGAAUUAGCCUCAAUUGAGCAAUCCCGGUGGUUCAACAGCUUUCUCAGGCUCGCCGGACUCGACUUGUAAAAAUUUAAAAAAACAGCCUUUCAGUUCCUCCCAAACACCUCACCCUCACUCUGUCAUCCUGUUUUCAUCCUUUGUCGUCUAUCAAAUCUGCGAAAAUGGGAUAUUCAGACCUCGAUUGGAAGGCCAUCAACACCAUCCGGCUGCUUGCGGUCGAUGCCACCCUCAAGGCAAACAGCGGCCACCCGGGUGCGCCCAUGGGCCUGGCCCCUGCCGCCCAUGUCCUGUUCAACAAGUUCAUGACCUUCAACCCGAAGAAUCCUAACUAUAUCAACCGCGAUCGUUUCGUUCUCUCGAACGGACACGGUUGCAUGCUGCAAUAUGCCCUCCUCCACCUGUUUGGCUACGGUGUGUCAAUGGACGACCUCAAGAACUUCCGCCAAGUCGACAGUAUCACUCCCGGCCAUCCCGAGGCCCACGAUACCCCCGGAAUCGAGGUGACCACCGGUCCUCUUGGUCAGGGCUUCUCCAACGCUGUGGGUUUAGCUAUUGCCCAAGCCCACACCGCUGCCGUGUUCAACAAGCCCGGAUACGAACUGAUCAACAACCACACCUUCUGCUUUUUUGGCGAUGGCUGUGCCAUGGAAGGUGUUGCCAGCGAAGCCGCCUCAGCGGCCGGUCAUCUCCAACUCGGAAACUUGAUCUGCCUUUACGACGAUAACCACAUUUCCAUCGAUGGUGACACCAAGUGCGCCUUCACUGAGGACGUUGACAAGCGAUUCGAGGCCUACGGCUGGCAUGUGCUGCACGUUCCUGAUGCCGAUCACGACCUUGCAGGCAUUGAAGCCGCCAUCAAGAAAGCAAAGGAAGUCAAGGACAAGCCAUCUAUGAUCAAGCUGACAACCACCAUUGGCUUCGGUUCGAAGCUCCAAGGCACUGGUGGCGUUCACGGCAACCCGCUCAAGGCCGAUGAUGCCAAACAGGUCAAGACCAAGUUUGGAUUCAAUCCAGAAGAAUCAUUCGUCGUCCCCCAAGAGGUCUACGACAUGUACCACAAGCACGCUGCCGAAGGAGCGGCUGCUGAACAAGCCUGGAAUGACUUGUUUAAGAAGUAUGCUGGUGAACACAAGGAUUUGGCAGAUGACUUCAGCCGGCGUCUGUCCAAGAAGCUCCCAGAAGGAUGGGUCAAGAGCCUGCCAGUCUGGAAGCCUACGGAUGCCGCUACUGCUACCCGUAAGACCUCAGAGACCGUCUUGGAGCAUAUUCACAGUGCUGUUCCCGAGCUUCUCUCUGGUUCAGCCGAUUUGACUGGCAGCAACAAUACCCGAUGGAAGAAUGCUGUUGAUUUCCAGCCUCCAUCUCUCGGCAUCGGUGACUGGACUGGCAGAUAUCUUCGAUAUGGUGUACGAGAGCACGGUAUGGCAGCGAUUAUGAACGGUAUCUCUGCCUACGGCACUUUGAUCCCUGCCGGAGGUACAUUCUUGAACUUCGUCUCGUACGCAGCUGGUGCUGUUCGCCUGUCUUCUCUGUCACACCAACGUGUCAUCUACGUUGCCACUCACGACUCCAUCGGUCUUGGUGAAGAUGGCCCUACCCACCAGCCUAUUGAGACUCUUGUUCACUUCCGAGCUCUUCCCAACAUGAUGGUGUGGCGACCAGCCGACGGCAACGAGACUUCGGCCGCCUACUACAUGGCUCUCACCUCCACAGGCACCCCAUCUAUCCUUGCAUUGACACGACAGAACCUACCUCAGCUUGAGAACUCGACGAUAGAGAACGGCAUCAAGGGUGGUUACGUCGCUGUUGAAGCAGAGAACGCUGACGUCACCCUUGUCUCCACUGGCUCUGAAGUGUCCAUCUGCAUUGAAGCCAUCAAGGUGCUCAAGGAUCAGUACAAACUCACUUGCCGUGUCGUCUCCAUGCCUUGUACCGAGGUCUUUGACGCACAGCCAAAGGAGUACCAACUCAAGGUUCUCCCAGACGGUAUCCCUACCAUGUCCGUUGAGGUCAUGUCUACUCUUGGUUGGGAGAAAUACUCACACGAGCAAUUUGGUCUUAACCGUUUCGGUGCAUCCGGACCCUACAAGGAGGUGUAUAAGAAAUUCGACUUCACCCCAGAAGGAAUUGCCAAGCGUGCCUCCGCGACGGUUGAUUUCUACAAGGGCUUGAAGCCUAGAUCGCCAAUCAACCGUGCUUUCCAACAACUCAUUUAGAGGACAUGGUUUCAUGGCAAGUCGUAACUAGUCGUGUCGGGAGUCUAUGCGAUCGAUAAACUCGAGUAGACUGGCAGAAUAGGAGGGCAUGCAUUUGGAGAUGCAUUGUACGAGAUUUACCACAUAUAGAGAUUAAAUCGAAAAAUGACAUGAGGAACGUACAACGAUUGCAAGAUCCGCCUUACUAA